GGGUCUGUUUUCCCAUAUACCGCGGCGAGGGCCUGGGGCGUCUCGGAGAUUCUACCAUCCAGUGAUUUCCGUGCAUUCCAAGAGCAUGGAGGACGGGAUGGGGGAGAUGCAAAGCAGAUAGUGCUGUAUCCCUCACGCCGGGAGAACCGAGUGCCCGGGUCUGCUGGGAACAGGACUUCUGAAAGGCAAAUAUGUCUGGAAGACUGUGGUGCAAGGCCAUUUUUGCUGGCUAUAAGCGAGGUCUCCGGAACCAAAGGGAACACACAGCUCUUCUUAAAAUUGAAGGUGUUUAUGCCCGCGAUGAAACUGAAUUCUACUUGGGCAAGAGAUGUGCUUAUGUGUACAAAGCGAAAAACAACACAGUUACUCCAGGUGGCAAACCAAACAAAACCAGAGUGAUCUGGGGAAAGGUAACUCGAGCCCAUGGAAACAGCGGCAUGGUUCGUGCCAAGUUCCGAAGCAACCUUCCUGCUAAGGCCAUUGGACACCGAAUCCGUGUGAUGCUGUAUCCAUCAAGGAUUUAAACUAAUGAUAAAAUAAAAAUGGAUUUAUGCUCUUGUAUUUUUUA